AUGAACAAUCACAAGACUUAUCUCGCGGACCAAAUCCUCUCAGAGGGUAAGAUUGUCACGUAUCGGACUUUGAGCAGGGCAUUGAAAGUCCAUGUCAAUAUUGCCAAACAGAUGCUCUACGAGUUCCACACUUGGCAGAAUGGCAAACGCUCCGGAUCAGUCCACGCGACCUACAUGCUGUACGGCUUCACGAAGACCGGCCAAACAAACGGCCACUCUCAGCAGGACGGCGACGUGGCAAUGACGAGUUCUCAGCCCGAAGUCGACUCCACGGUUGAUGGCGGUCCCGUCAUCACAUUGUCUCUCGUUGCCGAGGAAAGCCUGAAGGAUGUACUUUCACAGUACGAAGGUGUGAAUUCCAUUCAUGUCUAUAGUCUGGGACCCCACCCUGUGAAGGAUCUUCAAUUGCUCGCCGAUGUGUCCAAACCCGUCCUUGACCCGUCCGCUGAGGAUUCUUCAGCCGACCGCCAACACUCACUUGGGCCUAUCCGCAAUCCAUACGUGUGGCGUAAAGAGCGGCAGGGGACAGUACCUAAACCCAGUGUGGCGGCCUCCAAAGCGCCUGACACCAAGCCAAAUGCCUCGAAGCAAGCACCAGCAGCACGAAUCAAGGCCAAGGAAGAAGCUGUGACCGAGCAAAAACCCGGCUCCAAGGAAUCCACCCCAGUGCCGUCCGGGUCGAAGAAACCACCUCCUGCCAUGAAGCGCGGAGCCUCCGGUGGCAUCAUGCAAUCCUUCGCCAAAGCCGCAUCCCAGCCCAAGAAAGCGAGCACUCCUCAGCCAACAGCAGCAAGUGCCGCAGACGACUCCCCCAUGCAGGAACUUUCUGAUGAUGGGGAGGACGAUACUGUGGUUGAGCCGAAGGUCGAAGACGACACGGCCCACAAGGCCAGGAAAGACCGACAGGAAGCGCUGAAGCGUAUGAUGGAGGAGGAGAGCGAAGAUGACGAGCCUGAUGAGGAAGACACGCCGAUGGAAGAGCCGGAGGAGAAGACCCCAGAGCCAGAGCCGGUAAAAGAAGAGAGGUCAGAGCCGGCCGAGCAUAUUUCCAGUUCCAGCAACGGGCGGCGCCGCGGAAAACGGCGUGUGAUGAAGAAGAAGACAGUCAUGGACGACCAGGGUUACUUGGUCACGGUUCAAGAAGCUGGCUGGGAGUCUUUCUCAGAGGAUGAGCCAGCGCCGGCAGCUGCGAAGAAGAAGACCGAGGUUGGCCCACAACCGGCCAAGCCCAAGAAAGCAGCUGCGAAGGGCCAGGGCAAUAUCAUGUCAUUCUUCAGCAAGAAAUAG